GUAUUUCGUCUAGGAAAAUUACUGGGAGGCAAGGUUUAAUUUCUGUUAUAAACAAAUGCUAUUCAAUGGUUCGAUUGUACUGUUGGGUAUAUAAAUUACAGGUUCUAGAUAUCUGACCAUCAGUUUGAGCCCUAAAUUCAACCAGUAACACACUAAGUAUCGAAUACUUAUUAAGAUGAAAUCAUAUUUUAUUCUUGGAGCUAGUUUAUGUAUCCUUGCGGUAGCAUGUGCUACGCCUGACGACGCAUUAGGAACAAUUCUGAAUUCAGUAACUUAUAAUGCGGGAAAUGUAUUGAAUAUUCUGACUUUACAAAUAGCUGCCCUCAACGCGCAAGUUAAUGGAUUAAUUGCUCAGAUCUCUACCUAUUUAACUAACUUAACUAGCACUGAUGGAGGAACUAUAAACUCCUUGCUAGUUCCAGUUUUGUCUAAUGCUCAAGGAGCCCUCCAGAAUGCACAAACAGUUCUAAACAAAGUAGCCAGCAGUGGAUUGAACACCGCUUCUUCGGUCGUUACCAGCUCGUUGAGCUCCGGUACCUCACAGCUGUUGGGCGCCUUAUCGAGCCUGAGCAACGUCACCAGCCAAGUUUUGGCGGCCGGAACUGAUGCUCCACAGGACUUACUGAACCAGCUUAGCAGUGCUACCAAUCUCGUGAACAAUCUUGCUUCGUCGACAACCGGUUUACUUGGUUCCCUAUUGAAUUCGGUUGGCGGUCUGCUUGGUGGUCUACUUGGUGGUUUACUGGGAUAAGUCGAUUGAUUUAUAGUUUCUGUUAAUA